GGCUAGAGGAGAUGUUUGCAUUUUCCCGGUUCUUGUUUGUGUUAUUUCUGCUGUUGCGCAUGGUCUCGGGCGGUUGUUGCGGUGGUUGUUGUAGUUGCGCUUUGCUAUCGUUCUUCUCUGGGGACGUCGGGGAUACAACGAAAUGGCGAACCCGAUUCAGCCGUUCACUCCGGCGGUUGCCAUCGCACCUGUGACCAAAGUUGAGAUAAGCGUGUCCUGCAGGAAACUCAAGCAAAAAGACCUCCUCUCCAAGUCUGACCCCAUGUGUGUCCUGUUCAUACGGCACUACGAGACUGCCCCGUGGCAGGAAAUUGGCCGAACAGAAAUGAUACGUGACACGAUUGACCCAGACUUCGUGAACAAGUUUCUGGUGGACUACUAUUUUGAGGAGCGUCAACACCUCAUGUUUAAAGUGUAUGAUGUUGACAGCAAGAGUGUGAACCUUGAGGAUCACGAUUUCCUCGGUCAGGUUACCUCCACACUGGGUGAACUGGUUGCCUACCAGGGAAGGCAGGUCAAGCUGCAGCUGACAGGACUUUCUGGAGACUGUGGCAGCAUCUUACUGACUGUUGAAGAGGUACUUGACUGCAAGCGAGUGAUCGACAUGCAGUGGCGAGGAAAGAAGCUGGACAGCAAGGACUGGUUUGGCAAGUCAGACCCUUAUCUGAAGUUCUACCGGGCCAACGAGGACAACACCUACACAAUCGUGUUCCGCACUGAGGUGGUCAAAAGGAGCCUGAACCCAACAUGGCGUCCCUUUACCAUCCAGAUGCGCCAGCUGAGUGGUGGUGACGAUGACCGUACCAUACGGGUGGCCUGUUACGACUGGGAUCUCGAUGGGAAUCUGUCCUCUUCCAGCCACGACCUGAUCGGAGAGUUCCACACCAAUGUGCGCACCCUUUCCCAAGGACCUGGCCCCAAGAACGAGUACGAGUUGAUCAACAAGAACAAGAAGGCCAAGAAAAAGAGCUACAAGAACUCUGGUGUGGUGAGUGAUUUGUGGCCACAGGAUAAUGUCCACCAGUUAAAACCAAGUUCUGUGCGCUUGCAGGUGAAGCUCAUGUCAUUCAGAAUUGGAGAGCAAGCCACCUUCCUUGAUUAUAUCCGGGGUGGCCUGCAGAUGCACUUCACGGUAGCGGUGGACUUCACGGCCUCCAACGGAGACCCCCGAGACCCCGCCUCCCUGCACUUCCUGGACCCAGUGCGGCCCAAUGCGUACGCAAUGGCCAUUCGUGCAGUGGGAGAGGUCAUCCAGGACUACGACUCGGACAAGAUGUUCCCUGCUCUGGGCUUCGGAGCACGGCUGCCACCCGACGGGCGUGUGUCGCACGAGUUCUUCCUCAACGGAAGUGCCACGGACCCGUACUGUGCGGGCAUACAGGGCGUCCUGGAGGCCUACCAGAGGACCCUCCAGUCCGUUCAGCUCUACGGCCCCACCAAUUUUUCGCCUGUCAUCAACCACGUGGCAAAGUUUGCAAACACGUACCGUGAUGGUAGGAGCUACUUCGUGCUACUCAUCAUCACAGAUGGUGUCAUUAGCGAUAUGCCACAGGCGAUGGAAGCCAUUGUGCGGGCUUCUUCCUUGCCCAUGUCCAUCAUCAUUGUGGGCGUGGGCAAUGCAGACUUCUCAGCCAUGGAAGUCCUGGAUGGGGAUGUUGCUCAGCUGAGUUCAGAUGGCCGCCGCGCUGACAGGGACAUAGUCCAGUUCGUGCCCUUUCGCAAGUUCCUCGAGGGUGGUGGCUCUUGGCAGAGGAACCAGGCCCAGCUUGCGAAGGAAGUUCUGGCUGAAGUUCCCAGACAGGUCACAGACUACAUGACGAAGCACAACAUCAAACCUGGUCCGAUUGCAAUACCACAGGGCCAGUCUUAAGCUCCUCUGUAUGUGCGUCUCUGCGUGCAUGUUGCAUUGUUCGUGGUGACUGUACAAUUUGACACUGCCAGCAUUUGCCCUCAUUUAUGCGCAUGCCAAAUUCAUGUACAGCUGUGUGCUUCAUAUGAUCAUAACGCUGUUUUUUUUGGGAGCCGAAACACGGCUUAUCAUCCUGUGAUUGUUGAUAUUUGGCUGGGACAACUGUUAAAUUUAGACUGACCUCACAGCUGGCUGUCUGCACUGUUGUGAUCGUACACAGCUUUUUUAAAGGGGUCAUGAACGACCCCUUGAGCUUGGUGUCAAAACACAUCUUACAAUCAGCAAACACUGCUAUGAACACCUCAGCCAAGUUUUGUGGUCAUACGUGGCACGUAGAGUUUACAAGCAGGGUGCAAACUUACCACAUUCUCGAGUGCCCUCUCUUCAGAUAGAGGCUCGUUCUCACUCUCUUCGAAACUGCAGGCGGUAGCUCUAUUUCAUAAUUUAGCAGAUUGCUGCUAUUGGCCGAUAGCUACAAAUAAAUCAAGAGCAGCAUUUGGAUCAGAUGUGCUUCUUGCCAUGGGGUGCUGCCACGUCUUAUUUCUGCACUCUAUAGUGGGCUAAAGUUACACUGUAGCAACAUCAGUGCACACCGGAAUCACACUAGAGGUGAGUGAACGUGUUUCGCGAUGCACACUGAUGUAGCUUCUUGCCUCCCCUGUGUAGCUGGACGAGAGAGGAGAAAAAGCACUGAGAGCGCACGACCAGUCCCUGUAACUCUGCUAGUACUUCACGGAUUCAAAACAUUUUUGCAUCAGUUGAUUCGUGGGGUAAUACACUUCGAUACUGGAGUCAUUUGAUGAUUACUUGAAAGAAUGCUUAAGUGCCCCUUCAGAGGGAAUACAUCUGUUCAUAUUGAUUGAAUAAUUUCAGUCUUAUUUUCUUAAGCUUGACUUUCUUAAUGACUACCUUCAAGUUUUCUGUUAAUCCUUGUGCUGAGUUACAGAGCACAGUGCACUGAUGAACAUGUGAAUCGUUUUCUCCCUGUUGGCUCUCAAUUUCUACUACACAUCUUCAACGUUUUUGAAAGCUAGAAGCUCCUUGAAGGUUAUGCCAGCUUCAGUUCUGAGACACUGAUAGUAGAAAAAGAGCAAAGAAGUAAAGUUCUCAACAGCAUGUAGUGUUGGCACAUAUUCCAUGGUGAAGCUCUUGCACUUGAGACAGGUGCUAGGGUGAAGUAGCAUAAGCCGCUGGAAAUGCACCAGAGCAUAACAGCAGGAUGGAAAAUGCUGAAUACACUGAUAAUAUUCUGGUGGCAUUUAUGGUGAUUGUGCCAACGUGUCACACUUAAUCUGCAUUUUGUUCUGUACAUAAGUGAAAAUUUUAAUUGUGUUACAGGUUUUAUGUUGACUGUUGACAUUUUAUGUGGUCUCUUGGACACUGUGACCAGAAAUGAUGCCAUUGUUGAUCAGUGAUUUCACCAGGCUGAUGUUUUGAGAGUUUUAUUGCUAUUUACAAACUAUCCAAGCUACUAUUUAUGAAGUGUGCUGUGUAUAGGAGCAAUAUGACUUUGUUACUUUGUUACAUCUUUUGUGCCUCAUUGAGCAAAGGCCUAAAAGCAUGGCACAUAUGCUUCCAUGUAGUCAACCCCGAUGAAAUAGGUUUAUUUAUCUGUUCGGUUGAAUGAAGAGGUCAAGGAAGUGCCCAAGUACAAUGCUGCUUCAUUUGGGAGUAUUUGUCCAAUUCCAACAUGGCCAAACAUUAAACGUGCAUUUAGUUUUUAGGCGUUCAAAGCAGAAAACUGAAGUAGAAACACCUUUAAAGCUCCUGAACAAAGUGGAAAUCACAAGCGAACCCAAUUGUCUACAAAAAGAAAGAAGCAUGCCUCUGAUUCUGGCAAUUGUAAAACGAUGAAACCGGCAAACCUUACCUUCACGUAAUGUCGGUUUAUUAAUGCUUGAAGCAAGAGUGUCAGCAGGAUUUUGUCUUGGAGGGUGCAAACCUCUGUUGCAUCGCGGCUGGUGUAGCUUGGGUGUGAGCAAGUGCCGGUGGGGCAAGUGCCUCAUUUGCACCCCCCUGCCGACGCCCAUGGCUUGUAGUCUAUCGCUGUCACAUUAUUGCUGCCGAUGAGCUACAGCAUGCUGUCCUCAAUGCUGUGCAUUUCAUAUUUUGCAUUUUUGAAAUAACUCUGCAUUGUCUGAAAACAGUAUGAUGGCCCACGCAUGCUAGACACUAUAUCACUAAUUUGUCCUUUGAUGCAUACAGUUCUCCAUAAGGCUGAAGACAGGGUGCAACUUGUUGCCACUAGCUUAGCAUGUAGCCGCCGAGCUGGCCUAGUGCUUAGGGUGUUUGGCUGCUGAGCCGAAAGACAUGGCGGCAAAAUGUUAGAGGCCCAUGUAAUGUGCAAUGUCGGUGCACGUUGAAGAACACCAGGUGGUCGAAAUUAUGGUGUGGCUCAUAAUCAUAUAGUGGUUUGGCACGUAAAACCCCAGCAACUAUUAUUAUUAACUUAGCACAUAAAACACCUGAGGUUGAGUGAGUAUUGGAAACUUCUAAAUAAUGAAUAGAACGUUGUGUUGUUUGAUUUGGUCUUUAAAUCAAAUGGCCACUAUUUGAUUUUCAUUCCCAAAGAGAACACUAGUCGCUCAUUAGGUCAUAAUAUUUUUCUAAUACAUUUCAAAUAUCUUUCAAAUGUUGCCAACCAUACACGAUCAACCAUGAAAUUGAUGUAAAAAUGUUAUGUUCCAUCCCAUUCACAGCUGAUGCAAGCCACACUUUUCUUGCUAAAUACAGUCAUUUGCAAUGAAAUGUUGGUUGGACGCGUUAUUUCAAAUAAGAAUGAAAAGGGGGCCAUGGAUGCCAGCAGAUAAUGAAGCCAAGGAAGACAUA